UCUCCAAUUGCUGCCAGCAACAUUUGCCAGCUUCACGGAGCUCUGUAAGCUACCAUACUGGCUAGACUACUACCGUUUAGAAUAUUUGGGUUGAAAGUUGAUGAAACUGCAAUUCUCAAGUACAAUUUAAAAAAUCUAUAAGGAAGUUAACAAGGAUUCCCCCUAAAUUCUUCUGUCCUCUUCUGUUUCGACAUUGUAGCUUGUUAGCUAGCUAAAGUGUCGUUCACACAUGGAGCUGCCAUGAAUUUCUUAGAUACCGGUAAGGAAAUAAAGUCAGAAACGUCAGCUAUUCAAGAACUCUGCAGUCGAAAACCCCGGGUUAGCGGACUUGCUUGCUAGCCAGGGGAAAUGACAGAAUUGAGACACUCGAAGGAAGAAACAUGCAUAGAAUCCGAGGUGAAUAUUCUGAAAGAGAAGGACCAGGAGCAGGAGCAGGAGCAGGAAGGUGGUACUGCAGCUGCUCAAACUCAUGAGCAUGAAAACACAGCAGGAGAUGGCAGCACUGAGGGACAGGAGUGUCCAGAAAAUGGGGGUUCAGACACUGCUGGUGACUCGAAGGAUAAGGAGACAGAAGACUCCGUGAAACAGUCCCCAGUCAAAAGACCCCGUAAAUCUGAUAAAUCUCUCCUGUUCCAGCAGUUGGUGAAGCUGUUUUUUGGUUGCCUGGCAGCCGUGACGUGUGGCAUGAUGUACGCCGUGUACCUCUCCACCUACCACGAGAGGAAGUUCUGGUUCUCCAGCAGGCAGGAGUUGGAACGGGAAAUCACCUUCCUGGGUGGCAGCGGCCUCUACUACUACUACUACAAGCACAUGCUGGCCGUACCUUCCUUCGAGAGAGGGAUGCAGGAGCUGAUGCAGGAUAACAGGACCGUCUCGGCUCAGACCAUCAACGCGGUGGAGCAGCUGUUCCUGUACCCUGAGCUGGUCACCAGCUUCCUGUACAGAGUUACGGGGAGCCAGGACGUGAUCGAGCCGGUGUACUUCUACAUCGGCGUGGUGUUCGGCCUGCAGGCCGUGUACGUGACGGCGCUCUUCGUGUCCAGCUGGGUGAUGAGCGGCACCUGGGUGGCGGGGAUGCUGGCGGUGGCGUGGUACAUCAUCAACAGGCCGGACACGACCAAAGUGGACUACGCCAUCCCUCUGAGAGAUAACUGGGCUCUGCCGUACUUCUCCUGCCAGGUGCUGGCCUUAACUGGAUUCCUGCGGAACCGCAACAGCUCUGCUACAGAGAUGUUCUGCUAUCUCCUGAUGGGAGCUUCCACCUUCACCUUCAUCCUGAUGUGGGAGUACAGUCACUACGUGCUCUUCGUCCAAGGCCUGGCCCUCUUCUUCCUCGACUGCUUCGACCUCGUACAGCCUCGCAAGAUGGCGGACAUUCACAAGGUGUACCUGUGCUCAGUGGUCCUGGCCUAUGUGCUGCAGUUCCAGAACCCCAGCCUGCUCAGUUCCCCUCUCCUCAGCCUCCUCGCCGGCUCCACGGUCGCCAGGUACCUGCAGCACAACAUGAAGAUGGGCUCCCUGGUGGCCAGGCUGAUGAAGAUCCUGCUGCAUUUCUACUUGGUCUUCACUAUCGGGAUCACCUUCAGCUAUGUGGUGAAGAGAAUCAUGCCUGUCAAUGAAAGCGACCACAUGCUAAAAUUCCUUGAAGUUAAAUUUGGACUGAACACAACAACGGACUUUGUGCCAAACCUGCUGCUGUGCCAGGAGGGCUUCCAGUCCCCCGGCCAGGACUUCUUCCUGCGCCUGACGCAGGCCUCGGUGCUCCCCUUCUACCUGCUGGUGCUGCUGGUCUGCCUGCUGUCCACACUGCAGGCCAUCUACAGGAGGCUCAGUGGGGAACCGAUGAAAUCCAACAUCAGGCUGGAAGAUGGGCGAAUAGGGGAGAAGCCAGAGGUCAUCUACCACGUGUUUCACACGAUGCUUUUUGGCAUGCUGGCAAUGGUGUUUGAGGGGAUGAAGUACCUGUGGACGCCCUAUGUUUGCAUGUUCACGGCGUUCGGCGUGUGUUCCCCGGAGCUGUGGAUGACCGUGUUCAAGUGGUUAAAGCUGAAGUCUGUUCAUCCUGUGGUCCUGGCUCUUAUUUUGAGUACGGCCGUUCCUACAAUCAUUGGAUUCAGUUUGUGGAGGGAGUACUUCCCGCGUGUGAUCGCAGAACUGACUGAGCUGCAGGAGUUCCACGACCCGGACACAGUAGAGCUGAUGAACUGGAUCAAGAGGCAGGCUCCAGUGAUGGCAGUGUUUGCAGGCAGCCCCCAGCUGAUGGGGGCAGUGAAGCUGUGUUCUGGCUGGACCGUGACCAGCCUGCCCCUCUACACUGACAUCAACCUGCUGAGGAGGAGUGAGAACAUUUACCAGGUCUAUGCAAUGAGGUCUGCGGAGGACAUCUACAAGAUCCUGACGUCGUACAAGGCCAGCUACGUGAUCAUCGAGGAGACGCUCUGUGGCGAAAUGAGCCCCGUGAAGGGCUGCCGAAUUAAGGACCUGCUGGACGUCUCCAACGGACACGUGAUGUAUGAGAAAGGAGAGAUGUAUGCCUUUUCCAAGUACCGUCGGUUCUGCCACGAGAUCAAGAUGAACUAUUCCCCCUACGUCAACUACUUCACCAGAGUCUUCUGGAACCGCUCGUACCACGUCUACAAAGUCAACUCAGUCAUCUCCUUCCAGUACUGAGAGCUCUGCAGGCCCAACUUCUCUGUUUCUGUACGAAUAGAGACAACUGUGGUAUUAUACUUCACAACUGAUCUGAGAAACUUCUCUGGAACUUUGUUGAAUGGGGCAGGGACACAUUCUACAGAACAAUUUGCUGUAACAAAUAUGGCGGAGUAGCUAGACUAUUUGGUGUGCUUGUCAGUAUUCCAGAACGUUGGCUUGGGAUCUGUACUGUAGGUAGUUAAUGUUGCUAGUCAGACGGACGUGCUCUUCCACACUUUGCUGUGCCGUGUUCACGUGGCCUUGGCAGUAAUAGCGUGUGAAGUCUGAUGUAUGUGUAAGGCGGUGUACGUUUAGUUGUGUGCUUGCACGUGUACUGGCGUGUGUUUGAGUGAGUGAGUGCGUGAGACCCGUAUUAAGGUUCUUCUUUGGUGUUAAUGUCAGUGACCAUGUUUGUGACCAUGGAAGGGAGUCCCCUGCAGUGUAGUGUACGGUUGCCCUUAUAACAGUGGUCUCCAACCCUGGUCCUGGAGAGCUACAGGGUCUGCUGGUUUUCAUAGUGACUCUGCACUUCAUGAAUCAAUCAGAGCAGUUGAUUACGCAGUUAACUCAACUCACCUGGUGUCUUGGGUCUCAAUUGGGUGCUGAUUUUAACCAGCAGACCCUGUAGCUCUCCAGGACCAGGGUUGGAGACCACUGCCUUAGCAUCACCCAUGGAGGCAACCCUACCUUAUCACUCAAUGGCGACCUCUGUGGUUGAUCUAGUGCCUGCAGUCGUAGUGCAGUCCUCCAGCUCAAUAGCUGUGAAUCUUUGAUGGGGAUUACAGAGUGUGAAGAACCGUACUCACUUUUGAGCAAAAGUGUGGGGAAAAGGGAUUGUGAGUGUGUCUGCCAUUGAUGCCAGUAGUCUGUUUGCAUCAGGAUCUAGGCUAAGUCAAGUCAGUGCAUUACCCCUCAGUCAUGAAAUUAAGCAGGACUUCCAUUUCUCCAAGGGGAUAAAAUUUAAAUAAAACUGCAUGCUUUCAUUCACAGCAUCAAAACAGACCGUUCUCUUCCUUCUGUUUCUGAUGCUUUUACAUUAUAUAGUCAAUAAAAAUCAUGACAGGAGAUAUUAAGAAUUCUUCACUGCUUAGUGCAUCUUGGUCAUUAGGGAGAUGCUUUCUAACUGACACUUCAGGUUGCCUAGUGACCUGUCUAACAUGUCAUUAGUCAGUGCUUAUCUUCUGGAAAAGGUAUGAGAAAGUGAUUCAGUGAAUUCUGUCUGUCAAUAGAGUUUCACUCCUCGUUAUUGUAAAACCACAUUUUGAUACUGAAGACAUGCAGUCAGUACAUGCAUGUUUAUUUGCUGUUUAUUUUUUAUUUUUACAUUGCACAUGAGCUUAAUGUGAAUGGCCAGAUAGAUUGCGGUGCUACCUGGCUAUCUGCUGUUUGAUGUGGAAAGGCCAAAUGAGGGCAAGCGGCGCUCACCUCAAAGCCUGAUGGGUAGUGAAGGCUGGCCCAGAGUCUACCCAUUGUAUUAUAUGCAAGGGUUAUUAGACUUUCAUCUUCUUUAUAUUUACUCAAAAAAGGUGUAUGUACUUUUCCUUACCGAAGGCUUUGGCUGCAGUAUUGGCCUACCCAUGUGGUCUUUUGUUAAACCCCAGCCAUCCUUAAGCAUUGUUACUGUAAUAGGUCUUGCAUGAUGUUGAGUAUAAGGUCAUGUAAAAUGGAGCUCAAACAGCAUUACUUUGUGUGGGACUGUCUCACUUGCCUUGAUGUCCUACGUAUGUUGCUGAGCUGUCAUGUCACUGUACCGUGAAAGGCCUGCGUCUGUGAAUGCCAGUUUCUUUUUUUUUUGUAGGCUGAAGUUGGAAUUUGACCAUUAAGUGUAUUUUCAGAUGAUGGCAAAGAAACUGUCCAUGAACCCUAAUCUGCAAUUAAAUGCUUUAUAUUUUC